UACAUACACAGACAUAUACAUACAUACACAUGUACAUACAUACACAGACACAUGUGCACACAGACACAUGUACGUACAUACACACACAGACAUACACACACACAUGUACAUGCAUACACAGACACAUGUACAUACACAUGUACAUACGUACGUACAUACAUACACAGAUACAUGUACAUACAUACACAGACACAUGUACAUACACACACACAUGCACACACAAGCGCACACACACCCUGUAAAAAGUUGCAGUACUUCGUUGUUCACUCACAGAUCCGGGUACUGCAUAUAGGGGGAGGCAGAGAGCACAGCACACACUCCUUGCUUUGCUUUCACUGCGCUCAGCUAUUGAGCAGUCUGACGCCUCCCAGUGCCAAUGACAGUUCCAGCCUGAGCUCCGAGCCUGCUCAGCAAGACGGCCCUGGGGGACACACUCGUCCCCACCAUAAUUUCCACUCACCGUUGGCGAGCAGGCGAGUGGAAAUUUCAAGCCCUGUCCUAGAG